UCUGGCCCUCUAUUCAACGCACAUCUUCACUUAUGCCAUGCUCUCUCUCUCUCUCUCUCUGCCGUGUUCUUCUUCUGGUCAUACAGGACUUAUUAGCUUGGCAUCGAAGUCUUUAAUGCAAAAAAACACAGUCUCUAAGCUUCCCCAGUCUCAUAAAAUCUCCUGUUUUAAGGUUCUUGAUCUGAAAUUCGAUCCUCUGAACCCUUCUGAAACUCUUGGAGCUGUUCUUGAUCGAUCAAACCCUCAAAUCCAUGGGUCAUAAGAUGCCUGGGACUCUGCCUGCGUCUCAACAAACGAAUUCUUUAUCCAAAUUCUUGCAGUCCAGACAUGUUCAUCUGCCAAAGGUAAAGAAUCUUGCGAGAGAGAUCACCGAUCUUGUAUCCUCCAAGAACAAGAAAUCUCACGUUCACAGAUUCAAGCUCGAACAGGACGUAGAGAAACUACGAGAGCGGCUAAGGCAAGAGACAGAACUCCAUGUUCUGCUUCAGAACGCAACUACUACGACAAAGACUGAACUAUCCUGUUCAUCUUCUCUCCCAUGUCAUAUUCAAGAUCUUCUGUCCAAUAUCGCGGUUUUGGAUGCUCGGGUUUCGAUGCUCGAACAAGAGAGAAUUUCUCUGCAUUUCCAGAUAAUUCAGGAAAGAAACGAGAGAAGGCUCGCCCAGUAUCACCUGAGGCAUUCCGUUUCUCAAUCGGUAUGCAGUUACGAUGCUGUGGGCCAGAAUUCUGCAGAUUGGAAUGAAUUUAUCGCCAAUAAUGGAAGUACUUCAUGUGAUAAAUAUCGAAGAACACUGGCUAGAAUCCGACCAUCCAAAGGCUUGGGGACUGAUAAUAAUGCUAAUGAACUGUCCAAGGAGAUGGUAAGAUGCAUGAGGAACAUAUUUGUGUCGCUCGGAGAGUCAUCUUCAACAAGAUCCAAAUCUUCUGCACGAGAAAACCGUGGUUUCUCGCCUCGGGAACAAGCUUCGCCGUGGAAAUCACCUUCGGAACGCUCGAGGAAGAUCCCGAGGUGGGUUCAGAGCCCACGGAUCGACGUUCAGAACAACUCAGAUGUCUUGGCGACGGAAAAUAACGUCUUUGAUCCGUAUAAAGCCCAAGGAAAGUUGAGUUGGGCCGAUAUCGGGAGUUACAGAACUGCAACUGAAGUGUCUUGGAUGUCUGUUGAGGACAAACGCCUCGAAUAUGCUUCAGAAGAGCUCUUUAAGUUCAGAAUCCUCGUGGAAAGACUUGCAAGAGUGAAUCCGACGAGCUUGAGCCAUAGCGAGAAGCUCGCCUUUUGGAUCAACAUAUACAAUGCUCUGAUCAUGCACGCGUAUUUGGCAUACGGAGUCCCGAAAUCCGACUUGAAGCUCUUCUCUUUGAUGCAAAAGGCUGCGUAUACAGUUGGAGGGCAUUCAUACAGCGCGGCAGCGAUCGAAUACGUGAUUCUGAAGAUGAAUCCGCCUCUCCAUCGGCCUCAAAUCGCUCUGCUCGUCUCCCUUGUCAAGCUUAAAGUAUCAAACGAACAGCAACUAGCCGCCAUUGAUGCACACGAACCGCUUGCAUCGUUUGCUCUCAGCUCGGGAACAUACUCCUCACCCGCCGUGAGAAUAUACACGGCGGAGAAUCUGAGAGAAGAACUGGAAGAUGCACAGAGAGAUUACGUUCAGGCAUCGGUUGGCAUAAGUCCAAGGGGAAAGCUUCUUGUCCCGAAAAUGCUUCACUGUUUCGCCAAGAAUCUCGUGGAUGACGACUCGGAGAUCGGAUUGUGGAUUUCGGGGCAUUUGCCGCCACGACAGGCGGCGUUUGUCGAGCAAUGCGUCACCCAGAGACGACGGUGGAGUUUCCUAGGUUCGAAUAGCGGUAACUGCGGUGUCGUUCCAUUCGAUUCGAGGUUUCGGUAUCUGUUUCUUCCGUGACAAGGCAUCUCCAAUGUCAUAGGGUUUGAUCAAUGUAGGGUAUGAAUUGUUAUGCAAUGUGGUUUUGUCGUUGUCAAAAAGGAAGCGAAUGCUACAAAACUGGAAAUACGAUAUUGAACA